AUGGCGAAAUCCAGCGGAAUAUCCAAGGAUGAUCUGGAGAUCGUGUGCCAGGAGAAGGGUGUGGAUAUCCCUUUCAACGCGUCCAGAAGCGUCAUGAAGGCGGCGCUCAUGAGCAUGGUGGAGGCUUAUCGGGCAGAGGUGGAAAGCACUAACAGCGUCAGCAUCGAAGAGGACGGCCCAACAGUGGACCUUCCGUGUCCAGACUUAGGAGAAAGUGAGGGCCGCAGGCAGGAGUUUAGGGAAGCUCAGCUCUCUGACCCAUCCCUGGAAGGACCGUACACGGUCGCAAAAUGCCUAAGCGACAUCACCUACGUGGUGUCAUUUGACAGCGAUGGUAGGAGACAGCGUAUCUACCAUGAAAACAUGUUAAAGGCAUGUCACGAGCGUGUGGAGUCGGUAGCCGUUGUGUGCUGCCUGCCGAUGGAGGAACCAGGAAAGGAUUCCAUUCCCGACCUCCUCGCGGAUGCCAAGGGUGAGGGUGGUGUAGAGGAAGUUAGCUGGAGCAGUGAGCUUGGUAACCCCAAGAGGGAGCAGCUGGAGUCAGUGCUGCAGUCCUUUGAGGCCCAGUUCAGCAGGAAGCCCGGCCUGACUUCCCUACAUGCCUAUCAUGUAGACACUGGCGAGAACAGGCCGAUUCGGCAACCCGCGUAUCGGGACUCACCAGAGGCGCAGGCGAGUAUCUACCAAGAGGUGCAGGAGAUGUGUGCCAUGGUCCCAGACCUCUCCGGCGACCACGGCAGUGAGGGCAGCCCCCGGCGCGCUGAGAAGAGUGUGCGCACCGGGGGAGAGGGGAACCGCUGCAGCCUUGAGAUCAGUUCCCGCUGCAGCCAUCAGAGGAUGGACAAGAACAGGAGUCACAGGACUGAGAGGAUAAUAAAUAUCACCCUGGAGAUCAUCUACCUGCUGACUGGGGAGGGUGAAGCCCAAUUAAAUAAUAUUAAAGUCAAAGAUACAGAGGGAGAAGAAGAGACGUGUGUGACUGAUAUAAAGGCAGAAGAUAUAGAGGGAGAAGAAGAGACGUGUGUGACUGAUAUAAAGGCAGAAGAUAUAGAGGGAGAAGAAGAGACGUAUGUGACUGAUAUAAAGGCAGAAGAUAUAGAGGGAGAAGAAGAGACGUAUGUGACUGAUAUAAAGGCAGAAGAUACAGAGGGAGAAGAAGAGACGUAUGUGACUGAUAUAAAGGCAGAAGAUACAGAGGGAGAAGAAGAGACGUAUGUGACUGAUAUAAAGGCAGAAGAUAUAGAGGGAGAAGAAGAGACGUAUGUGACUGAUAUGAAGGCAGAAGAUAUAGAGGGAGAAGAAGAGACGUAUGUGAGGGGUGAUCAGCAGUGUAAGGAGAAGGAGAUCCCUACAGAUAUCAGCACAGAUGGACACACAAGCAGGAACAUCUCAGAAGGACAUCUAAUGUUAUCCCCGGAUUGUGACAUAAAAGAUAAUGACAGUAGACAGGAUUCUCCGGGAGAUAACCCCAUUACCCCAAUUAUACAUCCAACUAUAUCAGCUGAUCCCUCUGAUCCUGGGAAAUGUUCUCCUGAUCACUCUGAUAUUGGUGCAUCUGUUACAGCUCUGAGAGUAGAUACAGUGUUUCCCUGUUCUGUAGAUGCCAAAUGUUUUACACAGAACACAAAGCUUAUUAACCAACAGACAGGUAAGGCAGGUGAGAGGCCACUGAUAUGCUCUGAGUGUGGGAAAUGUUUUACGCACAAAUCACAUCUUGUUAUACAUCAGAAACGUCACACAGGCGAGAAGCCAAUUUCUUGUUCUGAGUGUGGGAAAUGUUUUGCGCAGAAAUCACAUCUUGUUAUACACCAGAGAAGUCACACAGGUGAGAAGCCAUUUUUCUGCUCUGAGUGUGGGAAAUGUUUUGCACGGAAAUCAGAUCUUGUUAGACAUCAGAGAAGUCAUACAGGUGAGAAUCCAUUUUCUUGCUCUGAGUGUGGGAAAUGUUUUGCACUCAAAUCAGAUCUUGUUAGACAUCAGAGAAGUCACACAGGUGAGAAGCCAUUUUCUUGCUCUGAGUGUGGGAAAUGUUUUGCACGGAAAUCAGAUCUUGUUAUACAUCAGAGAAGUCACACAGGUGAGAGGCCAUUUUCUUGCUCUGAGUGUGGGAAAUUUUUUGCACAGAAAUCAAAUCUUAUUAAUCAUGAGAGAAGUCACACAGGUGAGAGGCCAUUUUCUUGCACUGAGUGUGGGAAAUGUUUUGCACGGAAAUCAGUUCUUUUAAGACAUCAGCAAACUCACACAGGUGAGAAGCCAUUUUCUUGCACUGAGUGUGGGAAAUGUUUUGCACAGAAAUCACAUCUUAUUCAUCAUGAGAGAAGUCACACAGGUGAGAAGCCAUUUUCUUGCUCUGAGAAAUAAAUCAUCUCAUGUUGCACACAAUAGACAUCACUCAUAAUAAACUUACCUGACCCUUGCCUGGAAACGUCCAUGUAUGAAGGUAUGGGAGAUACCUGCUGCAGUCCCUUCUACUUACAUUUGGGAGGUACGGUUGUUUUGUGGGAAGUACAGCAAAUAGUAAAUGAUACAUUGGCUCCAUAACGUCUCGCUGACCCUCUGAUUUUUACAAAGGCAUGUUACACAAAAUGACAUUUGCAUUAACAACCAUUAAUUAAACAAAAACACAACGCAAUUUUUCCCCAAAAAACUUUAUCUAUAAAAAAAAUAUAUUAAAAAAUUGCCAAUUCUGGUCUUCCUUCAUUGACUCUAUCAGGAGAACAAGAGCCUUUUUUGCAAGGACUGUGCCAACAGUAGCCAGUAGAGGAAUCAGGCGUAUCCCACAGAAUAUCUUUGCUACCACCAUACAUUGGGGAGAGAAGAUAAAGUGCAGAUUUCUGAACAUUGCUUUUAGAAAGAACUUAAGAAGUGCAUAGAUCACAAUGAUCACAAGUCCGGGACAAUGAGGUCAAGAAACCAACGCUGGGGUACUAAUCACCUCAAUACAGGACACUUGGAGCAAGAGACUAGGGUAAGGGCAACAACAAUUUUUGAAACAACUAAAAAACCAGUUUGAAAAAAAUCUAAUAAUUUAAAAAAUGAGUAUCGUCCAGUACAGAGGACUGUGUACUCAGCAUGUCUAAGUACGUACCACUGGACGACGCGCUGGAGUGGGAGGAGGGGGUGGGCUGUGUGGGUCCUGGCUGAAAACAGCUCGAUUGUUGAGGGUUUCCUGGUGCAUACUGCAUGGGUUGGUGAUGUGGGUAGGUGGGUGGGGUCACAUUUGGGGGACAGCAUCUGGCAGGUGGUGUUAUCUCACAUGCCUUGACAAGACACUCAUCAUUUGCAUGUCAGAUAGCAUCAAGUACCAGAUGCUUGUAGAUCUUCUUUUGACCCUCAUUCAUCAGUCGCAUCUCCGCCGCGAUGUAAUUGCCAAGUUUGCUCCAGUCCAGGGCCCUAUUAAGAACCUCCUCAACGUGAGUAAACAACUGUUGUGAUCUGGGCGGGGCAGAAGUUGGUUUCCAGAUGAACUCCGCUGUUUCAGGGGUCGUGGCUGUGGGGUUGGGUUGUCCACUUCAGUUGCCUCACUCAUGGUAGACUCCACUUCCAACUCCGGUGUAAUAUCCUGCAAUAUAAAACAAAACUGAACUCCAUGUAAAAAUGUGUGUGUACAAUACAAUACAAAUGUGUGUGUAUUUACCAGAUCCAGACUCUCCGAUGUCUCCUCUUCCACAAGAGUGGGAGAAUCCGGAUCCAGAUUACACUGUGACCUUAUCCUUGGCUCUUGCUCCAAAGUGAUUUUCAUGAGGUCAUAAAACCACAGCGUUGGCUUGUAAACCUCAUCCGUCCCGUCUCCUGAACGUUGUGAAUACAUGUACUUCUUGUGCUCCUAUAAAAACACUGUUAGCUGUUCCUGUCUCUAUUGUAUCUGAUCAGCUGGUCAUAUGCCCGAUUCCUCUGUGUCCUGUUGGCAUAGUCCACGCUUAUCACACGGCACAGGAACUCGUUCUCGUGAUACAAUUCAAUGAAUUCAGACCAGAAUUUGUGAUUUUCCUCUGCUGACACAUCUGUGGGAAAAAUAUUAUACACAAUUUAUCUACAAAGUACAAGUGUAAUGUACACACCUAUGUCAUACAACCUGUAUAGUAACGCACAAAUAGCAACUUCAUUUAUGAGCACCCAGCUGAAAAUAGAAACCCAUCUCCAGCACCGUUACACAUUAUUACACACUGUUAUGCCCAUUACAUCUAAUGCUACACACCGUAAUGCUCAUUACACAUUAUUACACACCGUAAUGCCCAUUACACCUAAUGCUACACACUGUUAUGCCCAUUACACAUUAUUACACACCGUAAUGCCCAUUACACCUAAUGCUACACACCGUUAUGCCCAUUACACAUUAUUAUACAUCCGUUACACAUUAUUACACAGUGUAAUGCCCAUUACACAUUAUUAUACAUCCGUUACACAUUAUUACACAGCGUAAUGCCCAUUGCACAUUAUUACACAGUGUAAUGCCCAUUGCACAGUAUUACACAUCCGUAAUACCAUUAACAUAUUAUGCUGCAAACCGUUAUGCCCAUUACACAUUAUUACACACCUAUGCCCAUUAUACAUUAUUAUUAUUGCGCUACUUGUAAUCGGUCUACCUCAUUCAGUGGGAUAACAGCAGAUGUCAUUUUUUUUUUUACAUUUUUUUUUUUUUUUCAAUUUACAUGAACAAAAUAAGACAUAAAAGACAAAGUCAUAUUAGAAAAAUUUAGCACGACCGACACAUGAUUUACAUCUAGCAUAGAAAUUUCCAAAAUAAAGGGAAAACAUCUUUUCCAGAAGUGUGUUGUAUAUAGCAAUAAGCUCUCAUUAGGGGUUAAACUAAAUAGGCAUAGUGAUACUGUAUUUUUCAGCCGGCAGUACGCCUUUGACGUAUUUAUCGUACAGAUUCUGUAUAACAGUAAAAAUAUAUAGACAAACUAACAAAGAACAUAAGAAGGAAAGAAAGAAAGAAUAGAGAGGGGGGAUUUGAGGGGGUUGGAUGAGGGGUAGUUUGGGGUUUGUCUCCUAAAUCUGCCAGGAUCCAUCGAUAUAUCGUAACUGACUUAACUUCAAACUAUUCAGCAAUUGUAUUGAUUCAGUAAAUACUUAAAGGGGGAGCAGCUAUCCACCUAAACAUCUCAGAAAUACUUGUGACCUAUAGCUAAGGUUAUCUAGACGUAUCUAGGGAGACAUAGAUGUGGGCUUGCAUCUCCAUUGUUUCAGCAAAUACUUAAAGGGGGAGCAGCUAUCCACCUGAAACAUCUCAGAAAUACUUGUGACCUAUAGCUAAGGUUAUCUAGACGUAUCUAGGGAGACAUAGAUGUAGGCUUGCAUCUCUAUUGAUUUUGAUGAAAUGAAAACUCCCCACUUCCGGAGAAAGUUCAAAUCUUUCUCCGGGUUGUCUUGAGUCGUCUCAUAUCGAUCAUAAUACAUAUACCUCAUAAGGAGAUCAUCUACCUCUCUCAGUGAUGGAGUGUGACUAGAGAUCCAAGAAUUCAUAAUCACUUUUUUUGCCACUGUCACAAGGUUCAUCAGAAAAGGAAUCGAGAGUUAGACACCCCCAAUUUCCAAUUGUCAAAUGAUCGAAAAGUAGGGGACUAGGGUCCAAAUUUACAUGUAGUGCUAGAGUGGAGUUUAUAUAAGAAACUACUUUAUACCAAAACUUUUUAAUUUUUCUGCAGUUCCAUAUAUUAUGAAAUAUUGUCGCUGAGGGAGCACCACACUUUGGACAUCGUCCAGAUACGUCCUCCAUGUAGUGCUUUCUCUGACCUUGGGCCACAUAUGCUCUAAAAAGCAUUUUGACAUGAACCUCCUGUAAGACGGAGGCUCUUAGUGUCCUAAGGGUUCUGUCAUAAUAUUUAAAUAAGGUAUUGUCCUUUAAUAAAGAUGGUAUAUCCUUAAACCAGGGCUUCCGAAAAUGAUCAAUUCAUUUGGGUGUGUUGGUUUUCAUUAGUAUCCCAUACAGUAUUCUGGUUUUAUACUUUUUUUCUGAAAACCUAGAGAGGACAUGGUUUAAAGGGUCUAAAGUCAAUUCUGUCACAGAGCUAGAGGGUAUAGACAUGGUGAAUUGUGUGACUUGCAUCAGGGAAAAUAGGCUACUACUAUGAAGAUUAAAUUCACAUUGUAAAACCCUAUAAGAUUUUAUAUUACCUCCAGGGUCAAACACUUGCGAUACGUCUCGAAGCUCCUUCGAGCUCAGUCUCAAACAGGCCAAGUUCUCCAUUCCUGGUGUAAAGGAGGGGUUACCCCAAAUGGGUAUCCACUCCCUUCUGGUCGUAUUUCUAUGCAAUGUGACGUUCACUGCGCCCCAUGCUUCAUCUAUAGCAGGUUAGUACUAAUAUGUUUAGGAAGAAGACGUCUCUGGGUAAGUAGAAGAGCUCCCGGAGAGUAUGGAUAAAAGUAACCUCGUUCUAGUUCAUAAUCCGUGAACAAGCUACCCUCUGUCAGCCAAUCUAGUGCGAAUCUAACUAAAAGUGCUCUGGAGUAAUGCGGAAGAUCCAGUAAGCCCAAUCCUCCAUUUGAUUUUGGGCAUCUCAUUUUCCAUGAGGCAAUUCUAGGUUUCUUAGAUUUCCAAAUACAUUUGGAGCAAAUCUUAUCAAUAUGUUUAAUGUCUUUCUUAGUCAAUUUAAGUGGCAGCAUUUGCAUUGGGUACAUCAGUUUGGGUAGGAGAAUAGACUUGACCACCUCCAACCUGCCUAACAAUGAAAAGGUAAAUCGUGCCACUGUUCCAAAGAUUUUUCCAUUUUUGAAAUGACGGAGCUAAAAGUCAAAGUAUAUAUCACAGCUAAAUUGUUAGAUAUGAGGAUACAUAUGGAGAAAGAGAGAGAGGCUGUAUUGUCGAUGCACAAAGAAGGGAGUAACCUGGUUGUCACACCCGUCUGAAAAAUUCCUAAAAUAUAACUUUUAUUCAUAUAAGGUUUAAAAUAGUGUGACAAUAACUAACACACAAACUAUGAGUGUAGACGAAACAUAGAGGUUAAAAUCAAGACAUAUACAACAUAUACCACAAGUGCAAUAAAGAUAAUAAAUGUGAUUAAAGAUUAAAA